UUCGUUUAACAACAUAAUUUUCUUCUAUUAAACAGUUCGUUUGCCUUGACACAUACUCCGAGUAAUUCUCGUAAACAAAAUACAAAAACAUCUGCAGCACCGCCGAUAGAGAAACCAGCAAAUCCUCUCCAGGUUUCUUUCAGUGCAUUUCGUCGAUUUGCGGUCGACCAGCAUUAAAUUCAGAGCUUACAUUGAAAAUUAUUGUUCUCUAUUUUGUGUUCCUUGCUCGACCACCAACCAACAAUCCAAUCAAAUCAAGGCGCCAAAGGCAUUCAUCCGAGCGCAUCUGAGCCCCAGAUCUUGUCCGGAUCUUCCCAGUUUGCCAAGGCGUGUCGUUUGCUUUCGGUUGUAAUGUAUACAAAUGCCGAUCAGAGCUGCCGUCUCCCCGAUUAGUCUCUUUUUUUGUACGUUUGUAAGCUGCCGCCAGUUUUGAGAGCGGUGACACGGGGAUACCAAAGCGGGUUGUGCUGUAUACGUAUAUUUUUUACAUCAUCAUUGCUGAAAGAAAAGAAAUACUGUCCACUGUUUUCUAUCUAAGGACCUCAAUCAAAGACUCUCCUUGAGGCGCAGAACGAUCUCGGACUGCCCGUCGAUAGCGAAACGCGGCGGGCGAUUUGAGGCAACCAAGCUGAUUAGUGUGCUAAAACCCUCUUCUUCAGUAAAUGUCCUUGGGUCAAGUGACGAUGCUGCGAAAAGGCAACCCUGCGGAUCUGACGCGAAAGACCAAUACCGUGGUGGUGACGCUUCCACCUCUGGUAAAGAAGUCCAGCAAGAGCCGGUCGUUCCAUUUUCGCUAUCUCGAGCUGUGCCGGGCCAAGAACCUGACGCCGGUGCCGGACAUCCGCAGCAAGUCCAAUUCGACCACCACCUAUUUGGAGUUGUGCGGCGACAAGUUGGCGGUCAGUGACUGGCAGCUCCUGACCGAGGCCCUGCACUAUGACCUGGUGCUCCAGCAGCUGGUGGUCCGCCUGCGUCGCACCUAUCCACAAACGAACAUCGACCCCAUUGACACUGAGAAGCGUGCGCGGCUCUUUCGCCAGCGACCGGUGAUCUACACGCGGUUCAUCUUUAACAGCCUGGUCCAAGCGAUUGCCAACUGCGUCUCCUGUAACAAAAAUCUGAACGUGCUGAAGCUGGAGGGAUUACCACUGCAUGAUGGCUAUAUCGAGACCAUUGCAAAGUCGCUGGCCGACAACGAGUGCCUCGAGACAGUCAGUUUUCGCAAGUCCAACAUCGGCGACAAGGGCUGCGAGGUGGUCUGCAACACGGCCAAGUAUCUAAACCGCAUCGAGAUCUUCGACCUUUCCGAGUGCGGCCUUACGUCCAAGGGAGCCGAGCACGUGGCCGACAUGCUCAAGAUGCAAAAGAUCACUCGCUUCACAGAGGGCUGGGAGAAGUCGUUGCGCUACCGCAGCGUGGAUGUAAACACGAUCGGCGGACUGCGCACGGUCCUGCUGGCGGAUAAUCCGGAGAUCACCGACGACGGCAUCCGGUGGAUCACCGAGGUGCUGAAGGAGGAUGCCUGGAUAAAGAAAAUCGACAUGGAGAACUGCGGCCUGACGGACAUCGGCGCCAAUUUGAUCCUCGAUUGCCUGGAGCUGAACACGGCGAUCACAGAGUUCAGUGUGCGCAACAAUGAGGGCAUUAGCAAGUUCCUGCAGCGCAACAUCCGGGAACAUCUAGGCGAACCGGCUGAAGCGAAACAGGAGCCGGAGUACGACCUCAGCUGCGUGAACGGGCUUCAAAGUCUUCCCAAGAACAAGAAGGUCACCGUUUCCCAGCUGCUGGCCCACACCAAGGCUCUGGAGGAGCAGCUCUCCUUCGAGCGCACACUGCGCAAGAAGGCCGAGAAGCUCAACGAGAAGCUCAGCCACCAGCUAAUGCACUCUGACUCCAGCAACUUCGUCCAGGAGAAGGUCAUGGAGGGAGGAUCCCAAACGCACUCGGGCAGGGAGUACGAGGUGCGCCAAGAAGUCAUGCAGGAGGUCGUCAAGGAUUCCCAGAGCUAUCGCCAGUCGCACUUCAACCGGCUGGUGAACAGUGCGGCCACCAGUCCGGAGGUCACACCCCGCAGCGAACAGGCCACUUUGCGGAAGGAACUGCAGCUCCAACAGCAAUCCCCGUCCAUGCAGAUCAAGCAUCUAUCCCUGGAACACCAGCUGAGGAGUCUGCGCGAGGAAGUUGAGGAGGAGGAGUACGAGGAGGAGCCGCCGGAGGGGGAGGAGAGCCUAUCCGAGGCGGAGCAUUUGACCGAGGAGCAACACUACCAGCAACAAAUGCAGGUGCAGCGCAAGCAACUGCAGGUGCGCAAGGUGCGCAGCGAGAUGAAGUAUGUGGAGAACAAUCCCAAGGAGGCAGCCGCCAAGAAUCGCGAGUCCAAGUCGGAUCACGAGUUUGCCAACGAGCGAGAUUUCAAGCUAAAUUCAUCAGUGCAGUUUGAGACGGACAUAGGCGACAGUGCGAUUGUGAAUCCCGGCCAGCAUUACGAGGACCAGCGUUACGAGGGCGAGAAAGACACGGGCUAUGGUUAUGGUUACGAGCAAGAGGCCCCGGGGAAGCGUGGCUACGAGAAGGGCUAUGUGGUGGGGGUGGGCGACGGAUCCCACAGGAGGCAGAAGCCCUCUAGCCUGGCCGAAGCUCUGUCCCAGAAACGUGGCGGAGGCUUUGGCGAUGGUGGCCAUGUGGCGCAGUUCGUCAACUCUCUGGAACGUAAAGCGAACGCUGCCAAACCGGGGAAAAAGCGCCACAAACCCCGGCCGGAAGACAAUCAUCAGAUGCCGGCCAACGAGAUGCAAAUGGAGUCGUACAUGUCCAACUACGAGGAGAUCUCCUCUACCGAUGCCACGCUGGAGAACUCGGAUUUUGAGGCGGAAACCACGGAUUCCACGUUGCGGGGCAGCGCCAGGUACUCCUCCAUGCAGUCAUUUGUGCGGCGCAAGCACUCCGAAUCCAUUUCGGUGGCGGAGCACCACGGUGAGGGGGAGCCAGGAGGCGGUGGAGAGCCAGGGAACACUGACAGCCACAGGCAAAUCUCCCCGCGCGAAGUUUACCUUUCCCUGCAACUUCAGAGCCACGAGCCGAGCUCCUAGGAGCCAGCCCUUUGGCUUGCUCCUCCUCCACCUCCAUCUCCAUCCAAAAUCCCAGCAGUCAUUCGCAGCCGGAGCAGCGACACCUCUGCAGGCUCCUCCGACGAGCUGUACCACCAUAAACAGGCCAACUAGAUUCGAUGGGUUCCCCACUGGGAGAGCUAAAUUUCCAGUAGAACUCCCGGGCAGUACCAGUACAGAUGGGAAUCACCUCCUCUUUGCACGUGUCUUGCUCUCUGCGGAUUCCAGCUGCGCCAAUAAUGUACAAAAACAGGAAUUGGGCUUACUGAUUGCCAUUAAAGAUUUACCAUUUAUGUGCUCUUUA